GUCAAGGAAAAGCAUGUGCACAAACAUCUAAAACAUCUGUGAAACUUGACUGACAUUGAUCGGUCCAUCAUCGACCCAUCCACACUGCAAAUCUAAGGACCCUACCAUGACCAGCCUCUCCACCAAACUCGCCGAGCGCGAGGCUGCCGGCAACCCCAUCCAAGUAGGCCUCAUCGGCGCCGGCAAGUUCGGCUCCAUGUUCGUCUCGCAGGCCCAUCGCACGCCAGGGCUCCGCCUAGCCGGCAUCGCCGACCUCGAUCCCAAACGCGCUCUGGCGUCGUUGAAGCGCACGGGCUAUCCGAAGGAGCGGUACGAUGAGAGCGCCUCGUUGUCCGUCGAAGACGGCAUCAAGCAGGGCAAAGUGGCGAUUGUCAAGGACUCGGCGGCGUUGAUUGCGACGCCGGGGAUUGAUGUUAUUUUGGAGGUUACGGGGAGUCCGGCGGCGGGGAUUAAGCAUGCUUUGUUGUGCUGUGAACACAAGAAGCAUAUUGUGAUGAUCAACGUCGAGGCGGAUGUCCUAGCCGGUCCUCUUCUUGCUCGGAAGGCAAAGGAAGCCGGCAUCAUCUACUCAAUGGCGUACGGCGAUCAACCGGCGCUGAUAUCGGAACUAGUCGACUGGGCGAGAACGGCUGGAUUCCCCGUCGUGUGUGCCGGCAAGGGAACGAAACACCUCCCCCGCUACCACCAAUCCACCCCCGACACCGUCUGGGAAAACUACGGCUUCUCCAAAGAGCAAACCGAAGCACCAGACUUCGAUCUCAACCCGAAAAUGUUCAAUUCUUUCCUCGAUGGCACAAAGUCAGCGCUGGAAAUGGCCGCGGUGGCGAACAGCUGCGAUCUGACUCCGCCCUCUGACGGCCUAGAAUUCCCACCUUGCUCGACUUCCGAUCUGCCCAACGUGCUGCGGCCGAAAGAAGACGGCGGGCACCUGGAGAAGAAAGGCACGGUCGAGGUCGUAUCGUCGAUGGAGCUCGACGGACGGGCGGUGGUGAACGAUAUCCGAUUCGGAGUCUUCGUUGUCAUUGAAGCCCCCGGCCCCUACCAAAAGGAAUGCUUCAAACAAUACGGCCUCGCAACCGAUAGCACAGGCAAAUACGCCGCGCAAUCCAAACCCUACCACCUCAUCGGCCUCGAGCUCGGCGUCUCCAUAGCCUCCAUCAUGUGCCGCGGCGAGCCCACGGGCCAAACAAAGACCUGGGCCGGCGAUGUCAUCGCGACCGCAAAGCGAGACCUCAAAUCCGGCGAGCAGUUGGAUGGUGAGGGUGGGUUUAUGGUGUAUGGGAAGCUGGUGCCGGCGGAAUCGUCGCUGGAAAUUGAGGGGUUGCCCAUUGGGUUGGCGCAUGGGUUGUCGUUGAAGAAGGAUAUUAAGCGGGGGCAGGGGAUUAGUUGGAAGGAUGUGGAGUAUAGUGAGGAUACGCAGUCUGUUGCGGUGCGCAGGGAGAUGGAGAGGUUGUUUGCGAAGGAGUUUGAGGGGAGGAAGGGCAAGGCGAAUGGGGUGAAUGGAGCUCGUUGAUGCUGGAUGGGCGAUUCCGGAGAUGGGUUUGAGUGAGU